AUGUUACGAUUUCUCACAGCGUUCUUAAACGUUAGUCACAUUCUUCAAGUCCACGCGCGCACCCACACGGGCGAGAAGCCCUUCCAGUGCGCCGAGUGCGGCAAGCAGUUCUCGCAGCUGCGCAACUACAAGUACCACCGCUCGGUGCACGAGGGCACCAAGGAGUUCGCGGCCACGUGCCCGGAGUGCGGCAAGUACUUCAACGACCGGGGCUACCUCAGCUCGCACAUGAAGAUCCACCGCAACCGAAAGGAGUACGGCUGCCAGUACUGCGGCAAGAGCUUCAACCAGCGCGUGGCGUACAACAUGCACGUGCGCAUCCACACGGGCGAGCGGCCGCACGCGUGCCCGCACUGCCCCAAGAGCUUCUCGCGCAAGAUGCUGCUGAAGCAGCACCUGCGCGUGCACACGGGCGAGAAGCCCUUCUCGUGCGAGGUGUGCGGCAAGGCGUUCGCCGACCGCAGCAACAUGACGCUGCACCUGCGCCUGCACUCGGGCGUCAAGCCCUACGCGUGCACCGUCUGCUCCAAGGCCUUCACCAAGAAGCACCACCUCAAGACGCACAUGAACUACCACACGGGCGUCAAGCCCUACUCGUGCGCCAAGUGCGGCCUGCGCUUCAGCCAGUCCAGCAACAUGCGCACGCACUUCAAGAAGUGCGCGGGGGGCGGCCCGGCGGCGCCCAGCCCGGCGCAAGGGGCCCGAGGGCGCCGGGGCCCCGCUGCCGCUGGCCCCCGGCCCCCGCCCCCGUGCCCACCACCACGGCCAUCGCUGCCGCCGUCGUCAUCGCGCCCCCGCAGCCCGCCCCGCCCGCGCCGCCCGGCUCCGCGCUGCUGGCCGGCGUGGACCAGUAGCCCUCGCCCCUCUCAUUGUUGA